AUGUCUUCUAAGAGUUUACCGGCUCAGACAGGUCCUGUCUAUCGUAUUCCACCUUAUUAUUAUAUUCACGUAUUAGACCAGAAUACAAGUAUAACACGAUUGGAAAUCGGUCCACACAAGUUCUUGAAACAAGGCAAUGAGACAAUAGUUUUUGGGCCUGAUAAAAUGAUUACUCUACCACCAAGACACUACUGUGUUAUUGAAAAUCCAGUUGUGAAGAAUGAAAAUAAUCAAGCACAAUUCGACAAAAAUGGUCAAGCAAAAUUGUUGCAUGGUAGCCUAGAUGUUAGACAGGAAAACGAUUAUGAAGAACCAUUUCCAUUGUAUCCUGGUGAAGUUUUAAAACAGGCUGCCACACCUUUAAAAUAUGUUGCGGCUAGUUCAGCAUUACGAUUAAAAGCCGUUUUGGAUUUUGAUGAUAAUGGAGAACAGCGAAAAGCUGGAGACGAAUGGCUUUUCGAAGGACCAGGCACUUAUACACCACGCAAAGAAGUAUCGGUUGAAGAACACAUUGUUGCUACCGUGAUCGGUCCAAAUCAAGCACUAAGAUUAAGUGCUAAAAAAGAACUUGUCGAUCGUAUGGAUCAACGUCGUGUGGUGGGUGAAAACUGGUUAGUAAAACAAUUGGGUGCUUAUUUACCAUUGGCUUAUGAAACAGUUGUGAGCAUUGAAAAUGGCUAUGUUGUAACAGAUAAAAAAGCUUUACAUUUACGUGCACUAAACACAUUCACAGAUGAUUUUGGUCAAACAAGAAAUAAUGGGGACGAAUGGCUCGUGACAAAAGAGCAAACUGAAACACAUAUUUUGAAUGUCUAUGAACAACUUGUGGCAAUUGUUGAUAUAAAAACAUUGAAUUCAAGACAAUAUUGUGUCAUCUUAAAUCCAGUCACAUCUAACGGUAAAAACCAAUGGGGCAAAAAGAAAUUAGUCGUUGGUGACAAAUCCUUUUUCUUACAACCUAAUGAACAAUUAGAGAAAGAAAUUCAAGAUGUGUACGUAUUGAGUGAAGAUGAAGGUAUCGUAGUAAAAUGUAUUGAAUCGUUUGAUGAUGAAAUAGACAAUGUGACUCGUGUGCCGGGCGACAAAUGGGUGAUAAGAGGACCAAAAGAAUACAUACCACCAGUCCAAGUCGAAGUCUUACAAAAAAGAAAAGCGAUACCUUUGGAUGAAAAUGAAGGUAUCUAUGUUCGAGACUUAAAAACUGGCCGUGUUCGUGCAAUUGUUGGUAAUACAUACAUGUUAACACAAGAUGAAGAACUCUGGGAAAAAGAAUUACCAUUAAGCAUAGAAGAGUUUCUUCAACGAGAUUCUUUAGUUGAUAGACGUACCAAAACAACAGUAACGUCGUCAUUUCAAACGACAAAACGUGACAAAUCCAGAUUAGUUACCUAUCGAGUACCACAAAAUCAAGCCGUGCAAGUGUUUGAUUACAAAGAGAAAAAUUCAAGAAUCAUUUUUGGACCAGAAUUAGUCAUGUUAGGACCAGAUGAACAUUUUACAUACAUAAAUCUCUCUGGAUCCGUUAUUGCUUCUUUAUUUUUACUUGUCUUUCUUUCUUUACUUUUCGUGUUGAAAAGAGCUAUAAGCAACAAAAUAAUUUUCUUUUCGUCUAUCUUUGCAUUCGUAUUAUACUUUGGUUUACGACGUUUUAUUUAA